AUGGAUGUGGCAAAUCACUCUGUUGUGUCGGAGUUUGUAUUCCUGGGGCUCAUGGAUUCAAGGGAGAUCCAACUUUUCCUCUUUUUGUUUUCCUCCAUGUUUUAUGUAGCAAGCACGACAGGAAACUCCCUCAUUAUGCUCACUGUGACCUUUGACCUUCACUUACACUCCCCCAUGUACUUUCUGUUGGCCAAUCUCUCUUUCAUUGACUUGGGUGUUUUUUCAUCUGUCAUUUCCCCCAAGAUGAUUUAUGACCUCUUCAGAAAGCACAAAGUCAUCUCCUUUGGAGGUUGCAUUGCUCAGAUCUUCUUCAUCCAUGUCAUCGGUGGUGUGGAGAUGGUGCUGCUCAUAGCCAUGGCCUUUGACAGAUACGUGGCCAUUUGUAAACCCCUCCAUUAUCUGACUAUCAUGAGCCCACGAAUGUGUGUCUUCUUUUUAGUGGCUGCCUGGGUGGUUGGCCUUCUGCACUCUGUGGUUCAAUUGGUUUUUGUAGUAAACCUACCCUUCUGUGGUCCCCAUGUGUUGGACAGCUUCUACUGUGACCUUCCUCGGUUCAUCAGACUUGCUUGCACAGACACCUACCAACUGGAGUUCAUGGUCAUGGCCAACAGUGGAUUCAUCUUAGUGGGCUCCUUCCUCCUACUGAUCAUUUCCUAUGUUGUCAUCAUUCUCACUGUUCACAAACACUCAUCAGCUGGUUCAUCCAAGGCUUUGUCCACACUUUCAGCCCACAUCAGUGUGGUAGUCUUGUUCUUUGGUCCACUGAUAUUCUUCUAUACCUGGCCAUCUCCUUCUACACACUUGGAUAAGUUUCUUGCCUUCUUUGAUGCAGUUCUUACUCCUGUUUUGAAUCCUAUGAUUUACACAUUCAGGAAUCAAGAAAUGAAGGCAGCGAUGAGGAGAGUGUGUAGACAGCUAGUGAGUUACAGGAAGAUCUCCUAG